AUGGACGACGACACACAGAUCGAGUCGAGCAAUGCGACUGCGCAAGAUGUGCUCAAUGUAUCUGCAGACUACCCGUCAAAUCAAAAUGAGUCUUUAGUUUCGUUGGAUGAGUACCUGAGCAACACUUUACCACGCCAUUUGCAGCGGCUGUUCUUGGAUAAUCUAGAGACAAGGCAACAAGAAAUACUAGACAGUGCAUCUAAGUCGCUGAUUGACGCAGUGAGCGACUCAUCUCAGCAGCAAUUGCAACAUGGACUUCACUUGUCUAUGAAACCAGACUAUGGCUCUUCCCGCAGCUCGUCUUUCUCGUCUUGGUCAUUCGCUCAAGGACUCGUUCUGGGGCAAUUAAGUGUCAUUCUGGUUUUCAUCUUUUUCAUUAAAUUCUUCGUGUUCAGCGAAGGCUCUCUCAAGUCGGGUGGGCCCAAAGGUAGUAAGUCCAAUGCCAGUGGAGACCCAGAUUUUGCAACGGCGCCUCUACUUUCUUCAUCAACGUCGCACUUGCUCUCAUCUAUUAUACGAAGACGUGGAGAAGAUGGAACAGAAAACUCAGAAGACGCAGACCAUGAUCGCAAAUUCUCCCAGAUUAACACCAUAUUGGAGAAAACCUAUUAUAACGUUGAUACACACUCCUCAGAAACUCUGGAUUGGUUCAAUGUCUUGAUCGCUCAAACUAUUCAACAGUUCAGAGAGGAAGCGCUUCAAAAAGACAACAUUGUUCAUUCCUUAAACGACUUCAUCUCGAGAAAGUCCCAAGAAUUACCGCAAUACCUGGAUUCAAUUAAAAUUACAGAGCUCGACAUUGGAGAGGACUUUCCUAUUUUUUCUAAUUGUCGCAUACAAUAUUCGCCCAACUCGAAUAAACAAAGGCUUGAAGCAAAGAUAGACAUUGAUCUUAGCGACCGGAUUGCACUUGGUAUUGAGACCAAGCUGCUAAUCAACUACCCCAAACCUUUUGCUGCAGCUUUACCUGUCCAACUAACUGUCUCGAUAGUACGAUUUCAAGCUUGUCUUACUGUUUCUUUGACCACUGCUGAAGAGUUCGUUCCCACGUCCUACGGUACUGACGGCGGCAGCGGCUAUUUUCUAAUGUUUUCGUUCUCUCCUGAAUAUCGCUUAGAGUUCGAUGUCAAGUCUCUGAUAGGUGCGAGAUCAAAGCUUCAAAACAUUCCUAAAAUAGGCAGCUUGAUUGAAUAUCAGAUCAAGAAGUGGUUUGUAGAGAGAUGUGUCGAGCCUCGUUUCCAAUUUAUAAGAUUGCCCAGUUUAUGGCCCAGAAGUAAGAAUACCAGAGAAGAAAAGGCAGAAAACGACGAUGCUUCAACGAAAUCAACAGAAUUUCAAAAUAAUUAA